GAGAGGGAGACACGUCGUUAUCCCUUCCGAGACCGCUGUCUCUUUAAGGAGCUUCGGUGCAGCAUCACGCAGUUGCAUCAAUCUGCUCUCACAAGGAUUAUGCGCGCUCUCCUCUCCUCAGCACCCUUCCCGUUGAAUAAGCACAAAUGACUACUCCCGCAUCACCAAGGCGUUCGUGGGUCAGCCCAGCGGCGACAUGGGUGAUCUCCGCCAGACCAGAAAUGUGGAGGGUCGUCCGUCUGCAGGAGGCUGGUAAAUAGUGCAGGCCUGAGUCAUCAGCGUAGCAGCCAUCUUUGUGACAGACUGAGAGCAACAGUCUUUACCCAUGUCUGUGCCUGCCAGUAGGAGGACCCCCACAGGAUCGCGCAGCAGACGGUCGGGUGUUGCUGGCAGCUCCAGGCAUUCUCAUGGGGACACCUCCAUCAGCAGCUACUCCACUGCUUCUGCUAAAGGCAACGAGUGUAUACCCACAUCACGCUCACAACCCGUUACACCCAGGCGUCAGGUCAAGCAUUCCACAUGCAUCGACAACCAUGGCAUCCGCCCUCCGGCCCCAGAGCAGUACCUCACGCCGCUGCAGCAGAAGGAGGUGUGCAUCCGACACCUGCGCGCCCGGCUUCGGGAGAAUGUGGAGAGGCUGCAGGACAGGGACGUGGAGAUUGACGAGCUGCGCGGCCAGCUGGUGCGUAUGCAGGAGGACUGGAUCGAGGAGGAGUGUCACCGCGUGGAGGCGCAGAUGGCCCUGAAGGAGGCCCGCAAGGAGAUCCGGCAGCUGCAGCACGUGGUGGAGACGGUGCGCACCAACCUGGGGACGCGGGAGCCGGGCGGGGCGGAGACGCCGCACGCGGCGGAGCCCAAGUCGGAGGGCUGGUACGGCGCCCGCGUGGGGGCUCGUCCGGGAACGUCGCGCUCCUGCGGCUGCUCUCCAGCGCACACCAUGAGCCGCAGCGCCACCUACACGCGCCUGAGCACCGAGUCGCCGACGUCGUCGGGCGCCGAUCGCAACGGGAACGUCGGCUCGUGGGAUGCCAGAGCAGGGGUGGUGAAGAGCAAGACCCUUCCGCGCGGCGACGGCCGCACCCACCUGCUCUUGGAGGCGGCGCUGCUGACGGAGCAGCUCCCGCGCUGUCCCAGCAGCAUGCCGCGCUCCUCCACCUACGAGCGCCUGUGCAGCGGCGAGACCCUGCUGCCUGUGCCCGUGCCACACCCGCCCUGCUGCCAUCACGCUGUCAACAACAACUGCAGCUGCGGCGCCCCCCACACCUACCUGCCGCAGCACCACCACCUGUUUCUCCACCUGCCCCAGGAGGACGCCCCUCCGCCUCCCACCAUACCCCCACCACCACCGCCACCACCUCCUCAGGCAACGGCAGCAUCGCCAGCUCCAUCUCAACACCAACACCCGUCCUCAGCUCCAUCAGAGAGCUCGGAGGUGAGUGACCGGCCAGGCUACCGCUCCCAGGCUUGCAGUCCCACCAUCACCUGGAUCUCGGAGGAGGGCACAGGUGAGGAGGACCUGAGCCUGAUCACUGCCGCGUCUGGGGGACCCAUCCCCACCGCCACCAGCGCCGGCACCGCCGCCGACGCCUCCCUCCUCCUCUCCGAAGCUGCGCCCUUCCUGUCGCUGUCCUCCCCGACUCCCUCCUCCGCCACCCCGCAGCCCACCUGCGUCGACAUGGCCGAGCAGUCCCCUCUCGAUGGCGGCUCCUCCUGGAGCUGUUGCCCCCUGCCUCCCUGGUGCCCACACCGACUCCUCAGACCCAGCAGCCCCAGGCGCGGGCAUCUCCAUCUCCGCUCGCCGAGAUGCCCCCUCCGCCGGCGCCCCCUACGCCCCAGGAGGUGCUGGUGCUGGAGGUGUCCGAGGAGGAGGACGACGUGCGGAGCCCGCUGAGCGGCCCCAAUCGGGACGAAGGCGGCAACGAUGAUGAGGACGAGGACAGCGGUGGACAGGAACCUCCCCAGCGGUGCCACUGGAGCCGUUACUUCCUGGUGGACCUGCUGGCGGUGGCAGUGCCCGUGGUGCCGGCCGUGGCGUGGCUGUGCCGGGGCGCCCGGCGGCCCGACCUGCCAGUCUACCCCAUCGGCUCGUUGCUGAGAGGCUGCUGCGCUGUCGCCCUGCACUCCCUACGACAAGUGGGCAGGGGGCGGGGGAGGGGGAGGGGCUCCGCAAACACAGGCGGAGUUACAAAUAUCUAAAGAUCAGACAGUCAGACAGACAGAUGAGUCAGGACCAAAACCAGGUCAGAUCUCCCACACACACACACACGCACACACACAUUCAAAUCUGACUCUCAUCUGGUGCAGAUACACACACACACACACACACACACACACACACACACACACACACACACACACACACACACAUAAACACAAUCAAACACACAGCUCAGAUCUAACCCGGAUCUUUUCCCGACUCAGCUGCUGGAUGUUCCUCCUGUGCACAUACCUCUGUGCAGACCCUAGGAUGACUUCUGUACAGAAUCUCUCAAUGCCUCAGUGUCUCCCUCUGCUUUGAAGAUUUCCAUGUCCACUGCUCCACAGACACUAUCAAACUAGUCCGAUGAGUGAACAGUUGUUGUCAUCCUAAAUGAAACAGUUGAAUAGUCCCUGAACUCUGCCUCCUCUGCCCUGCCGGCCCUGACACCUCAUCUGUCCCAGCACUGUGGAUUGGGAUUAGAUUUGUGGUGUUAAUCCUAGAAGAUUAAUCUGAGAUUAGUGGCUUGCUCUGUGUUUAAGAGUCUUUGUGUAUCCGAUCUAUAGAUUUUUUGGAAACAUAAUGUAUUCUUGGGGACUGGCAAUUUUAAGCAUAAAUCCAGUGUACAGUUGAUGAUCACUAUUAUUUAAUUGUUGUCUUUGAAAACCAAUGCAGUAGAGUGGAAAUGUUAUUGAACGGUGGAAUGUCUUCAGUGCAUUCUCAGAAUUUCCACAGUGUGUUCUCAGAAUAUUGUCUGUGUCUUCUCAGAACACAGUUACUAAGGAGAUACUUGGGACAGUCUGUAGUCACAAGACUUGAGUUUUAAAAAAGGGAAAACCUGGGGUGUGUCAGGAAGGGGUGAUAAUCUGAAUCCACUGUAGAUGUUAAACCUUGUGGUUGAUUUUUGAAUUUGGGACCCUCAGGACAAGGUUUUUCUCAGGUGAGGAUCAAAUAGCACCAGACCACACCAUCUUGGAUUCAGCAAAGACCUUUUCCCCUCCUACCUGCCCCCAACUCUGAAACACAAGCACUUUCUGUUUCCCACUCUUGGCUUGUAAAUAUACAGUAGUGUAGUCUGGUCAAAACAUGUACUCUAGGAUUUAGACGUAUCAAAUUCAACAGCUUUGAUCCAGAAUUCAGUCCUUCCUUUUAGGUUUUGCCUACCACUUAAAGUACAAGUCUAGAAUAGACAGAGGCUACACUAAACUGUCAGAACAUGGCCAAUUUGUUUGAAAAUGAUUUUAUUAUGUUUAAAGGCAGGUGAUUGUGUUCAACAUUUAUUUUGCUCUUUCUUUUGCACUAUGGUUCACUUUAAUGGACAGGGGUUGGCUCUGACUGGAGCUAGGGUUGCGUUGCAUGCAUCCAGUCAACUUCCCCCACGGGUGAGUUUCAAUAGAUUUUUUUUUCUGUGCUAUGUUACUUCAAUUAAAGAUUCAUGCAUUUUUAAAUAAUAAAUGAUUCAGAAAAGCAAUGACUCUAAUGUUCAGAACAACAAAAAAGCCUACAUUUUUUCUUUUUUUCUUUGUUUGGCAUUGCGAUUGCACAGAUGAAUGAAAACCAGCAUCGGAUCAAGCACUCAGGGUUAUCAAAGAUAAACCCCAGAGCUUUGAUUGCUAGCUCAGAUUGCAUAAGCGCACCGUGUCUGCAAGAACUUGUGAUAAAUGAAAUAUAAAAUGUGUAUUAAAUUAAACAAACUAAACAUCUCAUUACAUUUAAAAGAACUGUUGAAAUGUUGUACGCAACUGUAUUUCAUCACAUCAGUCUUACAAUCAUAAGCCAUUUCAGUCAUGAAUGGGAAUACACUCCAAAAGUAUUUUUUGUUAACAAAAAUAUUCAUUGUAUAACUGUGUUGACAUGUAUGUGUUGGCUGGCUUUCGUGGCUGAACAAAUGAGGCUCUGGUCUGGUAUGUACCAUAAACAGCUAUUCUCUAGGUGGCCUAGAGGCUAGAAAAUGUUCAUGUCAAACUCACACAGAGUUACUUAAAGAAGCUUGUUCAUGAUCAAAUCGUUCUACUUCUUGAGUUUGGUUUGUGAACAAGCAAAAGGCUAAGAUCAUUAAAGGUAAAAAUAACAACAUUUAAUCAUUGUCCUUUUAAAAAUGAAGGCCUUUAUAACCCAAGCAUUAUGGAUCAUGUGGACUGUUGAAGGUAAAGAAAAUAAGUUUAUUCACUGUCCUCUUAAAAAUAAAGGCCUUUCUAAACCAA